AUUGGCCCAGGAGGAGCUUACCUUCAUGCAAAUGAGCUCCACGCCAGCCUCGGCGCCUCCGAGGAGGAGCAGGAGGAGGAGGACCUGCCAAAGCACUCACGUUCCUCAACGGCGCGGCGCACGGACAAAAAAACAUCUCCAACUCCACUUCAAUGUAAAAGCCCCCCCCGCGCCAUUAAGCGGACAAAAGACGUCCUGUGUGCGCGUGUUUUUGUUUUAUUUCUUUUUCCCCACCGCUCCUCUCUUUUCUUGUCGUUGUCGUCAUUAUAACGGAAUAAGGCGAGACAAGAGAGCCCCGAGUCGCUAAGUGUUAUGAGGCGACGAUGAGUAGCGCAGAAGACAGCGGGAGCAAAAGCUCGACGGGGCCCGUUUCCAGCUUCACCAUCCGCUCCAUUCUUGGCACGCCGCCGUCCGAGGAGCCCCCAACCCCGGCCACGCACCCGCCGCCGUCGCGCUCCGGAGCCAAGGAGCUCGCCAAGGGACUAGUGGCACCGCGGAGGAGGACGCUGUCCGUGUCCUCCGAGGAGGAGUGCAGCGGCGGGGAGGACUCGGCGGAUUGCUUCUGCACCGAGCCGCCCCACGGACACGCGUGUGGACAAAACCGGCAGCAUAACGCCCUCUCCUGCUUAGGUCCCACCAAGGGGCUCCUGUCCGCCAACGAGGGACUGUCGAGGCGGCCGCCCCUCCUGCGCGACUACAACAAGGAGGAGGAGCAAGAGCGAGCCUUGCUGUCCCCCCUGUCGGAGGAGCGGCAGUCGGACGCGGCCGACAAGCACCCGCAGGGCUCCUCGGCCAAGAAAAAGACACGCACGGUGUUCUCCCGCAGCCAGGUCUACCAGCUGGAGUCCACCUUCGACAUGAAGCGCUACCUGAGCAGCUCGGAGCGCGCCUGCCUGGCGUCCAGCUUGCAGCUGACCGAGACGCAGGUCAAGACGUGGUUUCAGAACCGCAGGAACAAAUGGAAGCGGCAGCUCUCUGCCGAGCUGGAGGCGGCCAACAUGGCGCACGCUUCAGCGCAGACUCUGGUGGGCAUGCCGCUGGUUUUCCGGGAGAACUCGUUGCUGCGCGUCCCGGUGCCGCGCUCCAUCGCCUUCCCCACGCCGCUCUACUACCCCGGGGGUAACCUGCCCGCUCUGCCUUUAUACAACCUGUACAAUAAGGUCGACUACUGAUUCCGAUAGCCCCGCGGGGGUGUCCAAACUUCUUCCUCCGGGGGCCACUCCGAUAUUAAUUUAUUAAACACGUUAAAGCCAAGCCAGCACCAAAUUGUUUAUAUAUUUAAAAAAAAAGUUACAUGACAGCUUUCUGUUUAAGGCCUGGCUAAUGGAUGCAAAUGCCCCCGGGCCGCAGUUUGGACACCACCGCUAGCCUGUUUAUCAAUUGUAAUUCAUAUGCAGUAAAUUUCAUGAGAAAGUAACCAAGCUUCCUUACAUUUAUGAAAUACACCAUGUGUAUUAUUAAUUAUACUCAUUUUUUACCUUUUAUUUCAAUUUGACCCUCCACUUUAGUUUUCAUAUCACACGAAAAUAAAGUUUAUUGAAUUCCUUAUCAUUAUAUUAUUUUUAAUGAUUAAAGACACAAUUUUUCCAUUUAGGGAACACAAAUGUAAUUGUUUUUAUUGUAAUUUAGCGCCAGGAAUAACCUCAUUCAAUAAAAUUUUCUAUUUCAAUCCAAAUUGGGUGCAUUUGUUUUAUUUUUUAUGUCAGCUGACCAGAGUCACCAGACAGGAGCAGAGAGAUAAUUUUCGACAACAAAUAGCAAAAGAACGCGCAGGCAGCUGAGAU